GGUCGGCUGUACUACGUCCGGGUGUCGGCCUACAACAUGAGAGGGUGGGGGCCUCCAGCCGCAGCUUUACCCCCCUCUGCUGCUCCAUCCAACUGGAGAGAGUGUGAGGGUCCGCGGAGGAGGGGCCACAUCGAGGCGAUGGAGAGGCUGCUGCAGCAGGUCCGAGCCACACACACACACUACUGCUGCACAGACUCGUCGAAGCUGCAGAACCCCAGCAGGAAGCAGUCGGUCUCUCGGAGUCUCAAACAUCUCUUCAACUCCUCCAACAAGUUCGUGAAGACGCUGAAGAGGGGGGUGUACCUGGCGGUGGUGUUGCAUCAUAAAGACUCCCUGCUGGUGACGGCAGAGGAUCAGAUCCCCAUCGUGGAGGUGGACGACUCCUACAGCAGCUCCCUGAUGCAGGACUUCCUCUGGUUCACCAAGCUCUCCUGUAUGUGGGAGGAUGUGCGCUGGUUGAGGCAGAGCAUGUCUGUCUCCACGUCUUCUUCCUCCACGCUGCAGGCCAGACACAAGAUGCUGACCGCCGCUGGACAGAUGCAGAUCCUCCUGGGGACACACAACCUGGGCCGGGUGCACUACGAGCCCAUUAAGGAUCGCCACGGCAACGUGUUGCUGGUGACGACGCGUGAGGCCGACAGCACACACACACACACACUCGGCGGGGGGAAGUGGAUGCCCGUCAGCAAGCUGCAGAGUCAGAGGAAGAGUCUGUCCACGCCUGAGGAGCCGUACGCCCUCGACAUCCUCAUCAUCACCAUCCAGGACAUCAUAGCGUACCAGCGGCGCGGCGCCCUGCGUCUGACCCCAGGUCUGUACCUGGGCUUCCUGAAGCUCAGCAGCUCUGUGGACCAGAUCAGAGUCCUGGUGUCACAGAGGCACCCCAACAUGCUCUGCCACACACGAGUCAGAGACAACGGCAACGUGUCCAGGGAUGAGUGGGAGUGGAUCCAGGCACUGGCGGCUGCAGGUGAGAGGAGCGAGGAGGCGGAGCAACAACUGGAGAGCCACGCCCCCUUACUAUACUAUGAGCUGCAGACCUCCAUCAAGGCUCUGCUGAAGCACCUGAACCUACCUCUUCACCAGUCCCGCCUCCUGCGCCUCUACUCCCAGGAGGUGGUGGAGCUCGGUCACGGCGUCUCCUUCCUGCUCCUCCUGCCGGCCGCCGACGACGUCUGCUCCGCCCCCGGACAGUCCAACGCCUACACCCCCCUCUCAGGGUUCCUGCACCUCCCCCUGCAGAUGUUCGAGCUCGUCCACUUCUGCACGUACAAGGAGAAGUUCAUCGGUCUGUACUGCCGCCUGUCCUCCGUGCUGGACCUGGACGCUCUGAUUACCCAGCAGGCACUGCGGGAGGCCAUCAGCGACAGCGAGGUGUCCUCCGCCAAACAGAGACACCAGCUGAUCCUGGACUACAUCCAGCAGCUGGACGAGGUGCGUCGGGACCUGCGCUGGAUAACGGACGCUCUUCAGUUCGCUCGUUACCGGCAGCCCCGCGGCGGCGUUCCCGUCUCAGCGCUCGUUAACGCAGACGCCCCCCCCGACAGCGAGCAGAAGACCGACUCCACCUCCUCCAACAACGACUUCCUGCCGACCCCCUCCCCCUCGCCAGAGCCCCGCCGCAGGAAGCCCCCCAGCGACUCCCUGCUGGGCUCCGAUGAGGACGGGUCCUCGGAGGUCUUCCUCCCCACAGACAGCGACUACGACUCCAGCGACGCUCUGAGCCCCCGAGACCUGGACCUGCUCUACUCCCCCCCCCCAACACCUCUCCCAGCAGGCACUGCACUCGCUGGGCGGCAGCGCCCCCGACGUGCUGCAGACCCACGAGCUCAGGUACAGCGUCUGCCCCCCCUCAGACCUCCCCCUCUCCUCCACCUUCUUCCCUCUCUCCCCCUCUCCAUCCAAAGACUUCCCUCUCUCCCCCCUCCUGCCCCUGGAGGACCUCUCCCUCUCCCCCCUGUCUCCCAACCUGAGGCCUCUCUCCCCUCUCCUGCCCCUGGAGGACCUCUCCCUCUCCCCCCUCUCUCCCCCCCUGAGGCCUCUCUGUAA